AAGUUUGUUCCUUUUUCUCCAGAUCGAAUUCUCUAAUUCUCAUCUCAGUGAAUCUGUUACUUUCUCUAUAAUCUAAUCUUCAAAUGUUUCUGGGUUUGUGAAAUCAACACUUAAAAACUCGAGCUUUUUCACCUCCUCUGUUUUUUGAAGAUAAUGAGAGAAGACGAUUCAGACUGGUUCGCAAGAUGGGAAGAAGAACUUCCAUCACCAGAAGAGCUCAUGCCUAUAUCACAAUCUCUAAUCUCACCCGAUCUAGCUCUAGCCUUCGAUAUACGAAGCCCAAAUCACGGAAACGGAAACUCAAACCAACCUCAUCAUCACCAAACCACACCUCCUACACCAUCUCAGCUUCAGCUUCCGUCUUCACAAGCCAAUUCCUCAGCCGAAUUCGCUGCAGAUUCAGCAGAUCUAGGCUCUGGAGCUGCCGGAGAUGAACCAGCUCGGACUUUAAAACGACCGCGUCUUGUUUGGACACCGCAGCUGCAUAAACGUUUCGUUGAUGCUGUUGCGCAUUUAGGGAUUAAGAACGCUGUUCCUAAAACGAUUAUGCAGCUUAUGAGUGUUGAUGGUUUAACUAGAGAAAACGUAGCGAGUCAUUUGCAAAAGUAUAGACUUUAUCUUAAGAGAAUGCAAGGUUUGUCUUCUGGUGGUGGAGCUGGUUCAGAUCCGGCUACUGAUCGUCUUUUCGCUAGCUCUCCGGUUCCUGCUCAUUUUCUUCAUCCUAAUCGUGUUCCCAGUUCUGAUCAUUUCAUGCCGUCUUUUGUUCCCAUUGCUACUCUUCAACAACAACAACAAAUGGCUGCUGCUGCUGCCGCGGCUGCAGCAGCGGCUAAUCCUCAUUUACAACCGCCUCAGUUCCACCGACAAAUCGCAGCUGCGCAUUUUGGCUCGCCGACAAACGGGGGAUUCAGUUCACCGACGAAUGGUCAAUUUGGAUCACCGACUAGUAAUGGGUUUGGAUCACCAACGGCGAAUGGGAAGUUUGAUCCUUCGUUCUUGGCGGUGAGGCAAACGCAACAGCAGCAGCAGCAGCCAAUUCACAGAAUGUCUACACCAUCAUUGCAUAGUCCAGUUGGUAAUUACGUUGAGGAUUUGGAAUCUGCAAACGCUAAUGGAGGGAGAACUGUCUUAACUUUAUUCCCAACUCGAGACGAUUGAAAGUCAAAAUCUUUCCGGUUCAAAAUGUCUCUGCAGUCAUCAAGAACAUUGAUUUGAGUCUGCUGAUCGUUCUUGGCAUCGGGUGGUAUUAUCCGGUGGCGAUCAAGUUAUGUGUCUGAAGCUCUUUCAGGUCAAGGCUUGUAUUAACCCUUGUAGCUUUCUUCUAUCAGAUUUUAUGUAAAGAUGAGUUUACUUUUGUACAUCCGUACGGACAAACUCAUGAUUGGAAAAAAGGAAUCGAUCUUGA